AUGGGAGCACAAACAGCAGUACCGACGGAUUAUGGUGAUAGUGAAAGCUUUGAGAUGAAGGUAGGACUUCAUCAAGGAUCCGUGCUGAGUUCAUUAUUAUUUAUCUUAGUAAUGGAUGUGGUGACUAGAGAAAUGCGUGAAGGACUUCCCUGGGAGUUAUUAUAUGCAGAUGACCUUGUAUUAAUGGCAAACAGUGAGGAAGAAUUGAGGGAUAAAUUUAGUUAUGGAAACAAAGGGCAUGAAAAUGAAUACAUAUACAGCAAAGACAAAAACAAAGGUGACGAUUGGUGGGGAAAAUUGAAAGAUGGAGGAAUCCGGUGCAUAAAAGGGGUACAUAAUAAUGAUAACGUAGAAAAUGAUGGCCUGGAUAUUGGUAAUGGAUUAACCCUAGGAAAAGUGGAUAAGUUUUGUUAUUUGGGUGAUAUGCUAAACGCAGAUGGUGGUGCAGAUUCUGCUCUUGUUGCAAGGGUCCGACAAGUAUGGAAGAAGUUCAGACAUCUAUUCUAA